AUGAUGCAAUCAGAUGGAAUUCUUCCCUCCUGGGAAACCUUUAACCUUACAGUUACAAGCUCAAACCUUGAUCAAAGCAAAUUUUGCGAUCCACAAUUGGACUUCUUCAUGGGGGAUGAUCUUGAUUUUUCCCCUUCAUUCAAUUCACCUGAAGAAUCCUCUGUGAUUUCUCCUAACUCACAUAUUCCAAUCAUGUUUUAUAAUGGGUACUUUGAUAUUCCAAAUUUGGGCGAUGAAAUUCUGAUGACUUCACCCAUGGAGGGAUUGGAGACUAUUUCAAGUGGAGAAAUUGCAGAAAUUUGUGGAUGGAUAAAUGAAAGAGAGUGUGACGAAAAUUCGUCACCAAUCUCCAUGGAUGGAGAAGAAUAUAGUCCUUGUUUUUCAUUGGAAUCUAGUGAGAAUUCAGUGGCGUUUCCUUUAACAAACGAAUCAGAAACAUUGCCAGGAGUCAUGGAAAUAGACAGCGAAUCGAGUCUCCAUCACCUGAUAAGGGCUUAUGGAGAGGCAACAGAGAAUGGACAGAAGGAGCUUGCGCAGGUGCUUUCGAACUCCAUAGAGGAGAAGAGCAAUCCCCUAGGGAAGACAAUGGAACGCCUGGCCUUCUAUUUAUUCCAUUCGAAAGAAAAUCAAAGCAACUACCUGAGACAAGAAUCAGUCAAGAAUUUUAGCGAAGCGUUCAAGGCAUUCUACCAAGGCCUCCCGUAUGGGAGAUUUGCUCAUUUCACUGCCAACUCGGCAAUCCUAGAAUCUAUGCCGAACGAUGCAGCAACACUGCAUAUAGUAGAUUUUGAUAUUGGAGAAGGGAUACAAUGGCCUCCGGUCAUUGAGGCCAUAAGUCGAACACAUAAGGCACUGAAAUUGACAAUGAUAAAAUCGGCUGAUGCAUUCAACUUUCCUUGUUGGGAUGUUGAGUGCACAAAAAGACAGCUCCAAGAUCAUGCCAGAGAAUUCGGUCUGAAACUACAAAUCGAAGAAAAGAGUGUUUCAGAUCUAGCAAGUGAAUUAACCAGGAUGAAAAAGAGAGAACGAGGCAGAGAGUGGUUGGUGUUCAACUGCAUGUUUAGACUUCCGCACAUGGCUAGAAUGAGGCGGAGGAGCCAUGUCAAAGAGUUUCUAAAGGUAGCCAAGGAAAUACUAACCCAAUAUGGAGCCUCUGCUGGAAUGGUGACUCUUGGUUAUGGAGAAACUGAGUUUUAUUCAAGAACUUGUUCAGGUUAUAGUUCAUUCUUCGAUGAAAUUUUGAAGCACUAUCAAGCACUGUUCGAAUCGUUAGAACAUAGCUUCUCAAUUCAUCUAGCAGAUGCAAGAACAGCCCUAGAGUGUCUUUUUCUAGCACCUCAUAUGAGCUCCCAAUCUUGGUUCCAAGAUUGGGAGGAAUUAAUAGAAUGUUCUGAUCUUCGAUUAGAAACCGGAUUGGAGUGCAGGAAACUGAGCCAAGGAAUCUUAGUCGAAGCUAAACAGAUCGUAAACCAAACAGGGGAUUCUUACACGGCGAGAAUCAGUGGACAGAGAGAAAAUGAGAUGGUGUUGGAAUGGAAGGGCACACCUCUGGCAAAAGUUUCCUCUUGGAUGUGA